GGGGCCCCCGCGGGGGACACCCCCGUGAUCAUCAGUGACCGGCCAGUGUGAGCCGCGCCCUUGCACCUCCCGUCCUCCCCGUCCCACCCCGGCGGGAACGUCCCGGCAGCCGCCGGCGCUCAAGACGCGAGCACAGUUUCCCGCCUUUUCCCGACCGGGCCGCGGCGCCUGCCCGGAUGCUCCCGCCGGAACGCAGCGCGCGUGCGCGACGCCCCGCAGCGCGCGAAGUCGGGCCGCCAGGGCCCUGCGACACGGUGCGCAUGCGUCAGCGUGUCGGUGCGCCGGGUCAAGGGUCAGCCCACAAGAUGGCGGCGGCAGUGACCUUCUGUCGGCUGCUGGGCCGCAGCGGCCGGGCGGCGCUGAGCCUGCCCCGGGGCGUCCGGUGCUUUGGGGUGCGCACGUCGCCGACCGGGGAGAAGAUUACGCACACCGGCCAGGUCUAUGACGAUGCGGACUACAGGAGGGUCCGGUUCGUGGGUCGCCAGAAAGAGGUGAAUGAAAACUUUGCCAUUGAUCUGAUCGCUGAGCAGCCCGUGAGUGAAGUUGGAAAUCGUGUGAUCGCGUGUGACGGCGGCGGGGGGGCUCUUGGCCACCCGAAAGUGUACAUAAACCUGGACAAGGAAACGAAGACGGGGACGUGCGGCUACUGCGGACUGCAGUUCCGACAGCACCAUCACUAGCGCGGGCCGUGCGCACAGCGCCUCCCCCUGGGCCGAAUAAACAGUGUUGGGACCCGGA